UAAUAGAGGAUGAAAAAAAUUUGCUUGCAAGCCAUAUCAGAGGAAGCCUCACCUCACUGAUUUAUGUGGGAUAUAUACAGUAUAUAUAUGUGUGUGUGUUUAGUUAUCUCAGCUACUGAUGAUAAUGGAAUUUGGGGAUGAAGAGUUGGGUGUCUCUUAGCAAGCCAGGUGCAGCGUUUCUUCCUCUGGGCUUUGGUAGGCAGCUGAGGAUGCUCGAGGGCGAAGCCAGGGCGUGGUGCGCCUCCAUCCCUUCUGCCUUUGGGAGAGAGACGGAGUCGGCUCCAACUUCUGCUGCUCCUCCUCUUCUCCAUAUCCUUCUCCCGGGCGGCUCUGCUGACGUGUCUGCUUACUUCCCCCCUCCACCCGCUCGCCAGCUCUCGUCAACUAAAACAUGGCUGCGGCGCGGCGCCGUCUUUCCCGGGCGCUCCCGCUCUUCGCACUGCUGCUUUGCAUCCCGGCGGCUCCCAGUCAUGCCAGUCGAAACACUGACCGCCGGUUCGCCGAAUUCAAACGCUGCGCCGAUCCCGAAUGUAGCUUGUUAAUGUGUCGAGGAAAAGCAGUAAAGGAUUUUAAAGGUCCAGAUUGUCGUUUUUUAAGUUUUAAAGAAGGUGAAUCGAUAUAUGUUUAUUAUAAAUUAAUUGGAAGAACAAAUGAGCUUUGGGCUGGAAGUGUUGGAAAUGAAUUUGGAUAUUUUCCCAAGGAUUUACUUGAAAUAAAUCAUAUUUAUACUCAUGAUGAGCUAGAAUUACCAACAGAUGAAACAGAUUUUGUUUGCUUUAGUGAAGGCAAAGAUGAUUUUGACAAUUAUGAUGUGAACGAACUUUUAAAACUAUCAAAGCACAUGGAAAUGAAAGAACCAGAGUCUGAAACAAUAAAAGAAGUGAUUGAUUGGACAGCUUAUGCUGAUCCAAAGACUGAUCGUGGUUUUAAAGCAGAUUUAAAAGGCAAUGAGGACUAUGGUGAACACAGCACUUUUCUCCAUAAAAAAAAUGAGAAUGUAGAAGCAGCUCUUGAUUCCAAGGGGGAGAGCCUUGAUGUAAGUCAGGAGGCAGACAUUUCUCAGGGAGACAAAAAUGCACAUCAGCCUUUAGAAGAAAUGCUGCAGGAAACAUUAAAAGUGCCAAAACCUGAAAGUGCCAAAAAUCAUAACAACUCUCAGGAUGAAACUGAACAAUCAGAUUAUGUAGAUAAAAAUGAUGCUGCUCAUACACUUUUGCACACCGAAGUAUUGGAAGGUUUGAAAACAACAUUUGGCUCAACUGCAGAUGCCUUUGUAUCUGAUGAUGAGACAACAAGCCUUGUUACAUCACAGGAUGAUGACAACUUCAGGGAAGAAAUGGACAUUGAUUCUUAUGAUGUAGAGAAGCAACAAGAACCAGAGGCACAGUCAGAAGAAAUUAGUUUAUUAUCAUUUGUAGAAGAAGAAAUCACAUUGUCAGAAGACUCAGAAGCCGAAAAGUUGUCAUCUGAUGAUAUAUUUGAAUCAGAAGCAAGCAAGGAUAGUGAGGAUGAUAAUGAUGAUGAAGAAGAUGAUGGUAACGAUGAUAGUACUGGUGAAGCUGCUGCAAAACUGCAGCAUGAAACAAAAGAUGAUUCUGUACAUUUAGGGGGUAAUUUUCUUGCAGAUAUCAGUGAGGAUGAAAGAAUAGUUGAUAAAACUGAUGGUGAUCAAAUAAGAGAAGAAAAAGGAGAAGAAGCAACUUUAUUUAGAAAACAGCAAAACAUUGAGCCUGUGUUAACCCAUUCAGAUACUUCAACUGAAGAUGAUCCUUUAAUAUCAGAACAUGAUUCUAUUAAAGAACAGGUGCAUGAUGUAAAUAUCAGAGACCUUAUAGGAGAAACAGAUACAAUUCAGUACAAUGCAGAUGAGAAUGCAAAAAAUGAAGAGCUGACAAGAGAAAAACUGCCAAGCACUUCUACACAUAGUUUGGGUACAUUUCCUCACGUGGAAGACCAGCAAUCAUCUAUAAAAACAACAGAAGAAAUAUUAAGUCCACCUCUAGAUAUUAAAGUUGAUCCAGAAGACCUUUCUCUAAAUAAAAUAAUAAAAGAUAAUGAAAGAGAGGAAGAAAAAAGUGAGGACAAUAGUUUGGAAAAAAUGAGCAAAACAGAUGAGAAAGAUAAUCAGCAAGUGAACAUAGUACUGGACUUGUCAGAGGACCUAAUGAAUCAAUCGCUAAGUGAUUUGGAUGAUGGAAAAACAAAAUAUGACAGAAAGGAACCUAAAGAAGAUUUUGAAUUAAGAAAGAUUUUCAGUAGUAAAAAGCAGUCAAAUGUCUCCGCAACGGGAAAUAUUUCCAGUGAAAAAAAUAUCGAAGUGCCUAUUGAACAGUCUCAACAAGGAACUGCAAAGCAAGAUUUAAAUAGUGAAAAGAAUGAUGUUACCAGUACCAAGGAAACAUUUGAGGAAAAAACUAUUCUAGAAAAAUCUAAGGCAAUUACCCAACACAGAAAUCUUACUCAAUAUAAUGUUGAUUACAUUGAAGCUGAUUAUUUAAAUGCAGAAAAAUCACUCGCAGAAGAAUUCCUGCCAAUAGAUCUAGAAGCUGAAGAUGAUGAUUUCAUAGAAGAAAUAGAAGAGGAGUUACUACAAGAUGAAAAUGCUGAAAGUGCAAAAUUAUCCAAGGAGCAACGGAUAGAUGAUCAGAGUUUCAAAUUAGAUACUGAUAUUCCAAGUCCUCAGCUGCAAAUGCCAAAUAGUGCUAUUUUAAAAACUGCUAAUCCUGUUGAUGAAACAGGAGAUGAAGCAAUGACACUUGAUCAUGCUAAGGAAGAAGUUGUGGGAGAAGAAAUUAACGAGCCCAGUGAUGAGGCAAUGCAACUAAAUUAUAAUUCCCAGCAGAGUAAAAUGAAGGGAAAUGAAGACAAUGAGGAGAAGAUGAAGUUGACAAUAUUGUCUGAAAUUAAAACACAUGAGAAAAAAACUAUACACGAUAAAAUAAAGCCAAGCAAUUUAAAUACUUCUGAACCAGAAAACAGGGAUUUUGAUUUCAGUCAAAGAAAUGAAGACCUCCCUACAGAUUUUUCAGCAAAAGGUCUUAAACUUCCACAAACCUCAGAAAACCAGUUUCAGAACUUAUAUGAACCCGGAGAUAUGAUGGAAAACCCAAAUGAACAUAGAGAGCCAGAAUACAGUGAGUCUGUGACCCAGCUCGUUAUAAUGAAAGAGUUUCUUGAUGAAAAGCGUAUUGCACGUUUAAAAAAGUAUCUUGGACAACAACAUCUUUACAAAAUAGAGCAUUUGUUUCAUGACAUGGAAUUAGAGUUGAUGCUUGCUCAGAAACACAGUGAUAAUCAAGAGGACACUGAAAAAGCUUUGGAUCAGAUCCUUGAAUCUUCAGAAUCUAAUAUUCUGGACAUUCUGAGCAAAGUUUUAGAUUCAAGGGAGUUGGAAAAUAAAGAGGAGAUUAAAGAAAUAGAUUUGUUCGAUGAAGAAGCUGCUUUAAUGGAUGAUAUUCAAGAGCUAAUGUAUUCAUUAAGGCAAAAAUACUCCCCAGUUAGUGAGAGUGUUCCACUUGCAUCCCUUCCAAAACCAAGGACGGACUUCCCCGAUCCAAUUAAAGCUAAUGAAAAACAAACAGAAUAUGACAGACAUACUGUGGAAACCCUGAUGGGGGGCAUAGAUGAAAAGUCUACGCAAGAUACAGAGCAGAUGCUUGAAAAAGAAGAAAUUGUUCACAUGGUUCAAUCAAAAGAAGAAGAGAACAUUUUGACAGAGACUAAAAUGGUGUUGAAUAUGGAAAACAAGGAUGUUCCUGAUGGUGACAGAAACUUGCCAAAUGUGGAUGUUGCUUUUGGAUCAGUUGAUUCAGAAAAAGAUUUCAUUACAGGUCAAAUUAAUACUAAGGAUGAUGCCAUGCAAGAAGAUAGCAAUCUAUCAGAAGGAAAUUCUGCUGCUCCAUACAUUCAUUCUAUUGUUGAUGAUGCAGUCCUGUCAGCCAAAGAAAAUAUGCAACCCAUCACAAAAAUUCUGGUGUCAACACUACCUGAAAACAUGCAGCCUGGUCCUGAUUUCCAUGGAUUUCCUUGGGAGCCCAUUAUUAUCACUGCCUUUGCUGGAAUUGCUACACUUGCUAUUUUCUUCUGGAGAACCUGUCUUUCUGUUAAGAGUAGAAUGUAUCAAGUGACAGAAGCACAGCUAGCAGAAAAAAUUAAGACUCUUCUGAAAGAAAAAACAGAAAUAUUAGAAAAGUUGUCAGAAUAUGAUCAAAAGAUAAAGGAAAGAGUCAAGGAAGCUGUGGAGGAAGGCCAGAAAGAAAAUACAAGUCUUGCAGAGGAAAUUGCAAAGCUUAAGGACACAAAUAAGCUUCUUGAUAACAGAAUGAAAAAUGUAAACAGCAUGCUAGAAGAGGAGAAAAAACACAGUUUGAAGAAACAGCAAGAAAUUAUGGAAGCACAUAAAUCUUUAGAGAAACUCCAAGAAGUCAUUACUUUGCAUUCUGUAGAACUCUCUGAGGUUCAAAUAGCUCUUAAUGAAGCUAAAUUAAGUGAAGAAAAAGUGAAGUCUGAAUUGCAUCGAAUGCAAGAAGAAAAUAUGAGACUGAAGAAGAGUAACGAGCAACUGCUGCAAGAAACAGAGGGAUGGAGCGAAAGGCAUGCUGAACUCAGUGAACAGAUAAAGUUAUAUCAGAAGUCUCAGAAAGACGCUGAAGAAGCACUUGCCUAUAAAGAAAAUGAAACUGAGGUUUUGACAAACUGCAUUAUGCAGCUGAAGCAACUUGAUGCAGAUUUUGAGUCAGAAGAUAAGAAACAGGAAGGAAAUGACCUGGCCAAUGGAGAGAUCUCAGAUUCCAGGAAUGAAAAGAUGAAGGUUCAGAUUAAACAAAUGAUGGAUGUUUCAAGGGUUAAAACAACAUUAUCUAUCAUUGAGGAAGAAAGAGAUCACUUACGGUCCAAACUAAAUGAUGAAGUAGCAGCAAGACAUGAAUUAGAAGAGCAAAUCAAGAAGCUGGAACAUGAUUCAUGUUCCACACAGACAGUAAAAUCUCAGCUAGAAAGUGAAUGUAAAAUGCUCCAACAGAAAGUAGAAAUUCUCAAUGAACUUUAUCAGCAGAAAGAGAUGGCACUUCAAAAGAAAUUGACACAAGAGGAGUAUGAACGUCAAGAGAAAGAGCAGAAGCUUUCUGCUGCAGAUGAAAAAGCAGUCCUGGCUAUUGAAGAAGUGAAAAUUUACAAGCAGAGAAUUCAGGAAAUGGAGGAGGAAUUGCAAAAAACAGAGCGGUCUUAUAAAAAUCAGAUUGCUGCCCAUGAGAAGAAGGCCCAUGACAAUUGGCUCAUAGCACGCUCUGCAGAGAGAGCAUUAGUUGAAGAAAAGAGGGAAUCUGCCGGCUUGAGACAAAAAAUCAUAGAGGUGAAUCAGAAAAUAGCUUCCCUUCAGAGACCAAUAAUCGUCAAACCGACUGCAGGCCGGCCAGACCAUCAGACUUUACCUCGCAGAGGUCCAGUAAGUCGAGAUGGAUCUUUUGGGCCCUCACCUGUGAGUGGUGGAGCUCCUUCCCCACCACUGAUGAUGGAACCCCCUGGACGACCUCCUUCUGCCAAUCCAAGAGAUGGAUCAAGAGGUGAACUUAAUACUAUGACUGAUGGCCCUCCAGUCCAAAAAAGGCAUUCUGAUCUAUCAGGAAGAAUGUCUGCUCCAGAUCUUGGUCCCCCUGUAACAACACUGAUCAACUGUGGGCCAAGAACAUCUUCUCCUUCAACUGCAGUUCUUGAUGGAAUAGGGUGCAAUAUCUUAUCAAAGCAAAAUCUUACCAAAGAGCUUGAGGUCUCCCAUGUUUCUGCUGCCCCACCUUCCUCUGGUGAAGCAACUGCAGUUAACAUUGGUUCUAAAGGCCCACCACCUUUCCCGGGACCCCCCAUGAUGACAUCUCCAGCAGUUGGGCCUUUGCCCCCUCCUAUUCGGUUUGGACCACCCCCCCGCCUGCCCUAUGGACCGCGGCCUCUUCCUCUUGCGUUAGUUCGUGGAGCUCCUCCACCGCCACCUAUGCCUAGAGAUUAUCCACCCGGCCCUCCAUUUGGAAUGCGAGAUUUUCCUUUUGUUCCCCUGCCACCUCCUGAACAGAGAGGAUAUAUCCGUGGGCCACCUCCUUUCCGGCCACCUCCCCCCAGAGAUUAUCCUCCAGGUCCACGACUACCUCCACAAGGUUUAAGGGAUUAUUCUCCUCCUGUUAGAGACUUGCCACCUGCAAGGCCCAAUGACUACCAAGAAAGCCCUCCUUGUUCUCAAUCUCCAUCUAGCUCACAAGAUUCGGCACAUCUUCCUGAACAGAAACCAUGACUUCAGAGUUCAGGACUGAUUUUGAUCACGUUUCAUGUGCUGAGGAUUUCAGUGGCUUCAGCAGGACUCUUCCUUCCAGAUUUGGUUUCAGUAUAACUUUCUUUUUCUUUCCUUUUUGUUUCUUUCUUCCUUUUCUUUUCUUUUUUUUGCAAAAAAUAAUUUCUAUAGUAAUGUACAUUUUGAUAACCUUUAAAUCGGACUUGUUCAUCCUCUUUGGAUGUACUUAGAAUGUUUCUGUGAUAAGCCUGAAACCUGCUUUUACAGCUGUGAUCAACUCGCAGCUCUCAAUGUGCAAUAUAUAAGAAAUACCUGUAUAGUUAGUUUUUAAAUAAUGUGACCUAUGUAAAUGAUGUUGUUAAAUGAUUUAAAAUUAUAAUCUGAACAUUUCCUAUGGAAAUAGCUUCAGUAAGAAAAGCUACCAUUCAUAUAUAGCCUACAGUCACUGUAGACAAAUGGUUUACGUAAAGAUUCUAACUCAUACUUUUUAAAGCAUCUGGCGUAAAAGUACCAGAAGAAAGCUAUAUGCUAUAUUGGAAGGACAAAUCUACUAAUAAAGCAAGAUUCUUUUUUGCUAUAUACAAACUUAUUUUUAAUGGUUAUAAAGAGUAUGUAUCCCAGAGUAAAUGUUGUUCCACUGUAGUAAGAAAGAAUCAAGGAUAAAAAUACAUGAGAGAGCCCUCUGUGACUUUAGGAAAUACUAAAUCAAAUAUACACAAAGUCUGUUAAUUUCAGCAUAAUUUACAAUGAAGUGUAGCAAUUAGUUUGUUGUUGGUAUUUUCCAGCUAAAGGCUCUGUUUCGGCUAGUAGAAUUAUGUCAUUAUUUUUAUAUCAAAUAACUGGGCAAUUUAUUUAAAAUAAUUAUUGAAUCAAUGCUAAAAAUUAUUUUCUAACAUAAGAAUAUUUUUUCAUUAUAUCUGUCUUUAAAAAUUCCUAUCCUGUUGUAUAAGGCAGAUGCAUUUUCUAGUAGUAUUGAAUCAUGCAGUUUUCUUGAGAGUAGGUGGGUAGGUAGAAUGAUAAAGUGUGAAAGAUAAGACAAUCUUCAUUUCACAGAACUUCUGAACCGAACCCUUUGUGCUUGUAUGCUUAUUUAGAUUUAUAUAUACAUAUACGUAUAAUGAUGCAUAUACAUAUAUGCAUGCAUACAUAUGCAUAUUCUACUUAUAUCUACUCAUAAUAUUAUUUCCAGGUUGUAUUAAUAGAAAAGAUAACCUAAGUACAAUUCAAAAACUAAUUGUAAGUCCACCUACUCAGUGAUAAAAUCUACAGUAGAGAAAUUUUUGGGUGACAGUUCAAUUCUGUUAAGAGCUCUAUAUUGUUGAGGGCUUGGAACAGCCCAAAGCCUUUCUCUCAACCAGCAACUGCAGGACAAGUGAUGGUUUACAGAGGGUAAACCAAGGAGUGUCAAUUGUUAAUCCUUAUAGAAUUACGGUGUGGGAUUUUCAGCCGAAAACAGACUAACCCAUGAUUUGAAGAUUAAGCAGAAGUUCAAUAGACAUUAUUUACCUUGAAGCAAAACUUUCACUUCCUUUUUAAUGAAAUGGUAAUUGAGUGUUAUCAAAUAAAUGGUAAUCAUGAAAGGGACCUUCUAGAACAGAACAUCUCUGUUCCUUGAACAGAAAUAUUCUCCCCUGUAACUUAAAAGUUUUGGCUUUUGAAAGAUUUCUUAGAACCUCCUAAUUUAAUAGACUUGAUUAUUUUGUAGGGUGGCAUUUUUGGAAAAUAUCAUUAUUAUUAUAGGCACUUUCAGAUACUGGAAAUAAAUAUGUGAUGAUAUAGCUUUGUAAAUGUUCACAUACACAUGCCUUUGAAUCAGGAGUAUCAUCAGAGAAAUGAAACACAUGGGUUUUUUUUCCUGAUAGCACCUUUUCCCCCUCCUCCUAUUUUUAGAUUUGGUUUCAUAUAUUCUUUCGUAUGUAGAAGAAGGCACAAUAGGAUAAGGUAUUCUUGAUUUUAUAUUAGGAUAAUAAGGGAAAGUGAUCACAUAAAGUUGGGGAGAGUUGAUUUUAAGAGAAACAAAUGCUGGGUGUGUAAUUGUGUAUCUCUAACUCAGAAACCAAUGGAAAAAAGCUUGAGAUGAGUGGGAGUUAACAUUGAAGAAACCCUGCCAGAGAAAGCCAUUGGCACAUCUAAUACAACAUUUGAGAAAUUCAAAAGCCCAAACUGAAGGUCAUCGGACUUCUACUAUCAUAUUGCCCACCGAUCAGGAUAUUGAGCAUACUAUUUGUGGUUUAAGAAAUAAAAUAUGGCCAUUAGUGCUGGUAGCCCUCAUGAGCCUUCAUGAGUUUAUGCCCUUUUAAAACCAUUAAAAUUACUUACCAUUAUCACAAUUACAAGCAGGGAAUAUCACAAUUUACAGAGUGGAAAAAAUGUUUUAUAGCAUUUCUGAAUUUCCUUGAAUUUUAUUUCAUUUGAUGUCUGAGUUCUAGCAUUGUUAAAAAGAGAAACAAGCUUGUGUAUCCACGCUAUGCAAUGUUUCUCAACCUUGGUAACUAUAAAAGGUAUGGACUUCUCUAGCCAGUAAUAUCUGAACAUUUCAAAGUUGCCAAGAUUAAAAAAUUCUGGGAAUUGAAGUUCACACAUCUUAAAGUUGCCAGGGUUUAGAAACUAUUGACUCUUUCUAUGUCUUCUCUUUAUUCCAAGUGAAAGAGCCUUACAUUCUGCAGUUUAUUUUUGUGGGGAGUUGCUAUAGUUCCCUAACAACUACUUUGGGUGCUUCAUUUUGCAAGAAAAGUUCUAUACAAAAAUGUGGCUUCACCAUAGAUUUUUUUAAAGGAAGGGCAUCAUAUUUGCAAGUUUUAAUUACAAUUUUAUUUUACUUUUUUUUCAAUACUCUUUUAAUUCCAAGUAUAGAUUUUUUAAAAACAGCAGCUGUUUUAUCUGAACAGCUUUUUCAGUUGAACGGCUAUUUUCAUCUAGCUGUUCACUGUAACUCCUGAUAAUUUCCCUGGUUUAGGCUCUGCUCCCUCAGAUCUUGCCAAUGCAUAAUUGCAAAUGAAGGUUAGUGGUUGUUUUGUGCCAUCAUACAUAACUUUGCUUUUUCUAUUUUGAAGCUCAUUUGCCCGAUUUGGAAAUCUUUUAGCACUUUUUACAAUCCAUUUUUUUAUCGCAUCAUCCUGAAUAGCUGAUACCAUCAACAAAUGUGGCCACUUCACUGAUAAGCCUCAAUGCCAUCUAUAUGCAAAUUGAAGUGGAAUACUUAAAAGUCACAGAGCCCCCAAACAUGACAAAAUAAAAGCAAUAAAAUAAAGUAUAAUAAAAAAAGAAGAAGCUCUACAGAGCAGAAGUAAGAUACCGUAAAAUCUGGUAAGAAAAUAUGUUUGCCCAUAGUGGCACAGUGGUUAAAGUUCAGUACUGUAGGCUACUUCUGCUAACUGCCGGCUGCCAACAAUUUUGCACUUCAAAUCUCACCAGACUCAAGGUUGACUCAACCUUCCAUUCUUCUGAGGUGGGUAAAAUGAGGACCCAAAUUGUUGGGGACAAUAUGCUGACACUAAACUGCUUGGAGAGGGCUGUAAAGCACUGUAAAGAAGUAUAUACUGUAAGUGCUACUGCUAUUGCAAUACGGAACUCCAAAAUUAAAGAAUUCUCUGCUCUACACAGAAUAGCCCCAAAUCAAUCCAAAAUUCAUUUGCUGUUAGUAAAGCACACAUUUUGAAGACUGCAAAUGCAAACUUAGCAAUGACUUGUUUUAUCUGGGGUCUUUAUUUAGCAGAAAGAGAUUUAUUGCAAAUUCUGCUCAUCCAGAAAAUUACUAAUAAUGAAAGAUACUAAGAAGUCAUGAUGUAUAUCUCACAAGGUUAACAUGGCCCAUAGAUGCAGUAUUUCCAGACAGACAGGGACAAGUCCUUGGGUUUUCUGAAAGUUGUGCUUCAGUGUAGUUGAUGGCAGGAUACCAAAGCACCUCAACUACAAUCUGGUUAAAAUGUUAAUUGAAAACAUGAUUGAAAGUAAAGUUUACUAUCCCUCAACUGCAUCCCACAUAGUGCUUUGCUGUAUUUCAUUUGCAAUUCUCUUAUCUUUUUAUCUAAAAACAGCUGUAGUCUGUUCUUGUCCCAGCAACAAUAGUGUCUCUGACAUAAAGCCAGUUUCAGAACUGUCUCCAAUUUCUUCUUCUUUGUUCCCGUGGAAUGAAAGUUGUCUAGCAAGAUCAAAAUGUCAAACUUCUAAGCGAAUGGAAAUCAAUCUUUAGGCAGUAUAUUAAAAUCCUUAACCACUUUUUUGCCUGAAGCCUCCAACUGUAGGCUGUAUUAUGGAUAUAUUUUACUACUUGGAAUAACUUUCAUAAGUAAUUAGUUUUUCUCUUUCAAGCUUAGAUAAUUAACACCUGGUAUCAGUCACACAGCACAGUUGGAAUUAAUCAACUGCCUUUUUUUAAAAAAAAGAGGGGUUGCUGCUGAGCAUUCAACAAAAUUUGGGUGGUAUGAGCAUUUCAAUUAUAUCUGUAUUGCAGCAUGAAUCCUAAUUCAGGAAAGGCCUCCUGGAGAACUAUCUCCAGGAAGGUUAAUUACUCAGAUUAUUGGUAAGUAUCGAUCAGAAUUUAUCAAACCAGUGCUUUGAUCUAAACUGAUUACUUAGACCAUUGUCAUAUCUUGGGUAGAAUACAGUUGUCCUCUUCUUACAACCGUUCAUUUAGUGAUUACUCAAAGUUACAACAGCAGUGAAAAAAGUGACUUACACCUGUUUUUUCAUAUGACAUGUUACAGCAUCUCUGUGGUCACAUGAUCUAAAUUCAGCCACUUGGCAACUGGCAUGUAUUUAUGUCAGUUGCAGUUUCCCGAGUCAUGUGAUUGCCUUUUGCAACCUUCCGACAAGCACAAGCAAUGAGGAAGCCAGAUUCACUAAACAUCUGUGUCAAGAAAGGUCGUAAAAUGGGGCAAACGUACUUAGUAACUGUGUUGCUUAGCAACAGAAAUUUUGGGCUCAGUUGUGAUUGUAAGUUAACGACUACCCUGUAUGGUCUCUUUGCAAAAAUGGAUCAUGUGCUCAUAAAGCCUGGGUGUUAUUUCAUCAAAGUGAUUUCCAUGCAGGUUCUCAACUGAUGACCAUAAUGGAGCCUGCCCAUAAAUGAUUGUAAGUUGUUGUGGUUGUUAAGUGAGGCACCAACAUGAUCACCUCACUUAACAACCACAUGUCCUGUUUCCCCCAUUGGAACAUAGGUUGCGUGGGAGGCCUAACACAGGCUCAGACCUGCACUGCACCACAUCCCCAGCUUACAUGUGACCUUGGGCCUCCCCUACCCAUGCGACACCCUGUGCUCUGCUUUCCACCCCACUGGGGUCCCACAGGUGUGGGGCCUGCUUCCUGACUUGCUGCAUCGCCCACCCUUCCGGGGCGUUGGGGAGGGACUUGCUGCUGCAUCCCGGCGGUCAGUCAUAAGAGUGGGCAAAUUGACAAGCGUCCAAUUUUGUUCAUGUGACUGCAGGGGCACUUCAGUGACCAUAACUUCAGGCAGGGGUCUUAAGUCUCUUUAUCAAGUGCCGGGAAACAUUUGUUGAAUGAACAGUCAUAGGUCCAGAACUACCUGUAUUUUAAGUGGGUGAAAUUCAAAAGCCUUUUCAGAGCUGUGAUCACUGUAACCAUCCUCUGCGACUUGGCAAAAGUUUGUUCUGCUGUUGUUAAAUAUUGGAUUUCUGUCAUCUUAGCCUUUUCACCUAUGUGAAGAUGGUUUGUUCUAUUUAGGAUCAUGUGAGGGACAUAUUUAUUAAUAUAGUUUGCCAGGCAAAAGCCAGCAUAAUUACAUUGUCCAGAUUUAAGUGGAUUAACUGUGUCUCUAAUGGUGGGAAAUCACUUUUUGGAGAGUAGUGGUAAUACUUUAGGUAAAAGGUCAGAUCAUUGGGGCCUAGUUUUGCAAUAAAAUAUCAUCUUAGAAUAACCUAAGGUUGAGGAUGAUUGGUUAUCACCUCACCAUAUAAUUUUCUAAGAUUUACCAUAUUAGUUCACUUUGAGAGUUUUAUCAUUUGUUUUGAUAUGAACUCAACAGAACAGUGAUUGAGUCAAUCUCUGUCAAAUCAUUGUCCUAUAAAGACAUUGUCAACUAUCAGUAACCACAUAGAUAGUUACCCUUAGUGAUGUUAAGUAAAUGUUUAUCAGCAAAAAAAUAAAUAAGAUGGCCAACAUCGAACUUGACCAACUUCCUGGCAAAGCACCCAUUUUCACUCAGUGAAGUUGAGUAAUCUCCAUGAAGUGUUAGAACUUUUAUAUAUGUUUCCUAUCAAAAAGAUAAAGUCAAAAUUAGAUAAUUUUGUAAGAUCUGAACCUCUUAACAUAGCUUUUCAUCUGAUAGCAUUCUAGGAUAGCUUAGAAAGACAGUAAAAUGAAAGUAAUACUGUAGUUUCCUGUAAUCUGCAAAUGAUCUGCCUCUUUUUCUAGUAAUUAUUUUUCUUCUUCUUGGUAUCAGGUGGCCCUUGUUACAAUAUUAUAUUCUUGUGGAGAUAUUUCAUUUGAUAUGAGAUAGAUAUAUCCAAUAAUUUGUCUGAGUGGAGGUGCUCUAAUUUCAAAGGAAGCCUUUGAAAUCUACAUGCUUUAUUGGUCCCUGGUCCUUCUUUGGCAGCCUUCAUUCCUAGUUCCAGCCAGGUUUCUCUCAUUGAUAAUCCAGUGUGCUACCUCUUGCUGGUCUAUCCCAGACUGAAUCCCUUUGGAUCUACUAGUUCAGGAUAGAUUCAGUAUUUGCAAUGAAUUGACAAAGUAAGUAAAUCACUCUAGUGCUUGCCCAAAGCACUGCCAUUCCUAUGAUCUCAGAAGAAGAACGGACUUCUAGUUCCAGACCCCCUUCUGAUAUAUUAUUCUUUCCUGCAAGCUCCAAAGCUAAAUUUGGUGAUUUAGCUGAAUUAUGGUGAAUUUGGUGAGAAAUGAUUCAAGUGAUGCUGUUGAAUAUCUCCAUUGCUGUGAAAUUUGCUCUUUGGUUAGUAAUUCUGGAUCUAACACAAAAAAAUUUUUUGGUAUUUUUGGAGGCAGUAAAUUAUUCUUUUUCCUGUCAUCAUGAGCAAAAUACUCUUGUUUAUGCCCAACCUGACUUCUUUGGAUUUAAUCUCAGUGAGAUCAAUGGUAAUAGGGAGAUUUUUUUUUAGUUUUUCUGGUUUUUAACUUCUUUCUUUGCUGUGUGAGGGGCAAUAAAGGAGUUAGUCACUCUUCCUCAUGAGGAUUUUGACAUUCAGCUCCCUCCCUUCUCAGAGAACGUUUGUUUAAAAUUGGCCUUGAUGGAGAGAGGACUUCAUGACGUUGAGAAGAUUUCUGUUCCUCUCUCUAAUCUCUGUGUUGUAUUUACAUUUUUUUUCCUAGAUCACAAAAAUAUUCCUUCUUCUUUCAAGGAAAAAGUGAUAAGUUUUCAGUAAAUAUAUCCUAAAAGACUCUUAAUUGGUAUUACGUUGAAUUUUCUCAAUUCUUGAAAUAACAUUGAGGAAAAAGGUUUUUUUGUAAAUUUAGUCAUUAUUCUAUCCCCAACAUAAGAAGAUGGUAACUAUUCUAUAGUCCCCAUAUCAUCACAAUAAAUUUGAUAUUGUAUAAGCUCUCACAGAGAAUUUAGUAAUCACUUUAUAUAUGAACACCAUUUUCUUCUCUUAAAGCUGAUCCUUCUAAUCUGUAAGAGCAUUGGGUCGCCCUGACAUCAAAUUUGUUCUUAUUGCUUGACAUUGGGUUUUGCUGAUUAGAUAACUUCUUGUUAUAGAAAUGACUAGUACACAUUAGUAUGUAAAAAUAAAAGGUCGAGGCUGUAAUGUUGCUAUAUUAUUCUACUGCGUUAAAAGGAGUUGAAAGUCUGUGUUCUUUUUUCCCCCUUUCCCCUACAUUUUUUUCUCUUCUCUUUUUCCGCCUGCAUUUUCCCACUGUUUCAAUUUUCUUUUGUAUUUUAUAUCUUGAUAAAACUUAGUAACAUUAUUAAAAACAUUUGUUCUUCCUGCUUAGAGUAGAAUGGAAUAAGAUUCCCUAGGGCUUCAUUUUCCUUUUGAAUUUAUUUUCUUUUCUAUUAUGUCCACUGUCUAAUUGAAGACUUUUCUUUCUAUAUGGCCAGCCACAUUCUUUUUCUAAACCGGUUUAGUUAAUUUCGUUGUUCUGUGCCUUUUGUGGCCUCUGAACAGUUAUGUGCAAACCAAUUAAAAACUUGUUUUCAUUUUUUUGUUAUAAAUCUGUUUAAAAAGUUGUUUAAAAAUAGAAAGCACAGUUUGUGCAGCUAAAGGUAUUGUUUUAGCUAUAAAAAUCAAUUGUUACUUUCUACUCACUCGUACUGUCUCAGAGUUGGCUUUGAGCCUUAUUUUCUGAUCUCUGGUUGUUGCUAGAAAUAGUUUUCUCCCCUGGCAUCUAAAUUUAGGUUAUACUUCUAAUAAGGUUCAUUUCUCAUACCUAUUAUUUAAUGGCAAUAAAUAUAAACCAUUCUGAGAACAAAAUGAGGUUUGGAUGCCAGCAGGUUGUCAAUUUUCAGUUGUUUUGACAGUCUGUCCUACGAUUGCACACAGCAUAUCAUGUCUUGUUUUUUUUUAGAAGUACUUUAUUUUCAUCUCUGGGUUACCUCCUUUUGAAUCAAGUCGGAGAACAGCAGAGGUUGUAAACCCAUUGUUUUCAUAGCAGGGCAAUAUAAAUUCUCAGCUAACGUGUUGGGUUAGAUCAGAAUUAAGACAGUGUUCUGCUCCUUCAAUCUCCUGGGUGAUCAGAUAAAUGAAUUAAACAAAUGAGUUUUUUCAAAUGAAUGAUCCCAGAACUAUUUUCUGGGGAACCUCACUUUGAGCAUCUCAUCAAUGCAAGAAUUGCCAUUUUUGCUCAUUGUCUGUUUUUAACCAGUUGCCAAUCUAUGCGAGUGUCCCUCUUUUUCUUCCAUGGUUCCUGAGUUUGCAAAGCGGGGCUGUGAGCGACUUGUGUCCAAAGCUGUUUUAAAGGCCAAAUAUAUCAUAUUUUUAGAAGAGUGAUCCAACAUGCAUUGUUGUGUAAAGACAUUUUCAUUCCUUUUCAUCAGACAUGUCCCAUGUUUGCUUAUUUUCUUUGUAAUACUAUUAAAACAAUUGCCAUUUAGCUGAUCAUAAAAAGUUCCUAAGAAGUUAGUAAUAACAACACAGUUCCAAAGAAUUCCAACAAGAUGAAAAUAAGAACAAACACAAACAGGAAAAGCCAGUACUGCUGCACAAAAAGUUUAUGUUGGAGAGGUCACAAUGAGGAAUAUGUAGCCUGGAAUAAUAGUCAGUCUACUAUUGAGUCACCAUGAUCCAUGGUGGCACAGUGGUUAGAGUGCAAUACUGCAGGCUACUUCUGCUGACUGCCAGUUGCCUGCAAUUUGGCAAUUCAAAUCUCACCAGGCUCAAGGUUGACUCAGCCUUCCAUCCUUCUGAGGAUGGAAGUGGACCCAAAUGAGGACCCAAAUUGUUGGGGGCAAUAUGCUGAUUCUGUAAAACUACUUAGAGAGGGCUGUGAAGCACUGUGAAGCGGUAUAGAAGUCUAAGUGCUAUGUGCUAAGUCUUAGGCAAGUAACAUGCAACAUGAACAUUGGUUGAAUGGAUAUUAAAAACUGUGGCAAAUGGCUUCUUUAGAAAGAUUAAAAAUAAAGACUCACUUGGUAAAUGAAGAUGAGCUAAUAUAAAGGCGCUAUUACCAAUUUUUAUUUUGGCUCAAUCUUCCCCAAGAACAGGCUACACAUUUCAUAAAGCAAAUGCAAAAAGUAGGUUGAAGAGACAUACUGGAAGCCUGAGAUACAGAAACAUGGUAUUGGAACAUUGGCAUCUGUCCAGAUUGCACUUUAGAAUAUUGAAGGAACUUGCUGAUAGUUUGGCCAAAUUAUCAUGCAUUUGAGAAAUCCUGGAGAACAUGUGAAGGUCAGAGUAGGGACUGCAAAUGCCCUUGGAACUACAGGGUAAUUAAUCUGCUAUUUCUAUCCAGAAAAGCUAUAGUGACCAAUUUAAAAACAUGAUUAACAUGCAAUUGCCUUGAAAACAAUGUCAGCAGAUAAGAUUACUGAGCAGUCCAUUUUUUUAAAGAAUGAGCUCACUUCCUUAAUAGAACGUGGAAAUUUUGUAGAUAUAAUUAUUCUGAUGUUUGCAAGGUUCAGUCUCAGGGUCUUUACUCUUACACAUGUUAUCAAUUACUUGGAUGAGAACAGGAUGAGAAUCCCCAUCACAUUUGUACAUGAUACAGUACAAAUUUGGACGGAAUAGCUAUGACUGUAGGAAAAAUUCAAAAUGAUCCUAACACAGAAAUAAAUGAAAAUAACCAAAAAGUUUAGUAGAGACUCAAUAGAAAAAGCAGUCAGGUGGAGAGGUUAGGAUGGAGGACACUUAGCUAUAAUAGUACUUCAGGAAAGAGCUUGGAGUCAUUUAUUUCAUUUUGAGAAAGAUUAGCUUUAUGAAAACAAAGGAGAUAUGAUGGCAUUAUCUCAUCCUGUUCUAUUGUCCUUUUUUUCAAGAGGCACCUGGGCUUUCUGGUUUUUCUUUGAAGAUGUUUCUCUUCUCAUCCAAGAAGCUUCUUCAGCUCUGACUGGAUGGUGGGGAAUUGGUAGUCCAAAUCAGUGUUUCCCAUCUCAGCAAGUUUAAGAUGCGUGGAUAUCUUAAACUUUCCAAUAUUACUGCCAAGCAUGCUGACUCAGGAAUUCUGGGAGUUGAAGUCUAUGCUUAUUAAACUUGCCAAUGUUAGGAAACAUUGGUUUGUAGUAAAUGAUAUAUUACUGUUAAGAAUCAUCAGUCUCCUAUAUUCCAGUACAGAAUUAAUUAUAACCAUGAAAGGUACAGCCUUGUUUAAGAUGUAUUUGUUAGAUAUUAAUACCCAGAAGUAAUAUGCAUAAUUCAUGACAUUUGUACAUCCCCUUCAUGUAGAUAGCAUCUCUAUGUACAUAAUGCAGUAAUUAAACUUUAAAUAAUCUUAAACUUAGAAA